UUGUGUUUAAUUAGUUUUAAUUUUGUUAAAAUAUAAAUUACACAUUGAAAUGCGGUACAACCACUUCCUAACGAUAAGUGUCCUCAGUCUCCUGCUAUCUAAGGGAACAGGAGGCGAUAUACUGAGCGCUUUCACCGGUUUAAUCCAUGACGUAUCAGAUUCUCUGUCCAGUGAACCGCCCGAUGCCAAGGUUCUGAACGAAGAAUAUGACUUCAUCAUCAUCGGCGCAGGCUCCGCCGGUUGCGUGCUGGCCAAUCGAUUGACAGAAGUCAAAAAGUUUAAGGUAUUGCUGAUCGAGGCUGGAGGACCAGAGCUCUCCUUCAUGGACAUCCCUUUACUUGCUACCUUGAUUCAGUUCACUGAAGCGAACUGGAACUAUCGUACUGAGCCACAGGCGGCCGGUUGCAAGGGCAUGGAGGGCGGACGCUGCCACUGGCCUAGAGGAAAAGUCGUCGGAGGAUCAUCCGUUCUACACUCCAUGAUAUAUACGAGAGGGAAUAGAAAAGACUAUGAUGGCUGGGCAGCCGCUGGUAAUCCAGGAUGGGACUACAAAAGUGUUUUGAAAUAUUUUAAGAAAUUGGAAAAUAUGCAAAUUCCUGAGAUCGCUAAAGAUAAAAAAUAUCAUUCUUCUAAUGGUGCAAUGACAAUUCAAUACCCUAGGUAUAGAACUCGUCUUGCAGAUGCAUUCGUACAAGCUGGAACAGAAAUAGGUGGAAAAAUUGUCGACUAUAAUGGUAAAACACAAAUCGGGUAUUCCAUGAUUCAGUUCACUUUAAAAAAUGGUUCAAGAUUCAGUGCAAGUAGAGGUUAUUUGCACCCAAUAAAAAAACGCAAGAACUUUCAUUUGGUGAAAUUUGCAAUGGUGACGAAAAUCCUUAUCGACAAAUGGACCAAAAAGGUUUUAGGUGUCGAAUUUGAGAGGGCUGGAGAAAAACAUAGAAUCAAAGCAAGAAGAGAAGUCAUCUUGUCCGCUGGAGCUAUAAAUUCUCCGCAACUUUUGAUGAUAAGUGGCAUUGGUCCAAGAGAACAUCUAACAGAAAAAAAUAUUACAACAAUCCAGGAUUUGCCUGUAGGAUAUAAUCUUCAAGAUCAUUGGGCGUCUGGCGGGGUAACAUUUGUGAUCAACACAACCGACUCUUUUCGAAGCGAGAGGGCUUUAAGCCCGGAAAGUGUUAUGGAAUACUACACAACACAUUCUGGUCCUUUAUCUGCACCAACUGGAACUGAAGCUCUCGCAUUUAUAGACACAAAGGAUCCAGAUAAUAAAGACGAUGGACAUCCAGAUUUAGAGCUGUUAUUUACUGCUGGCUCGACAGUAUCCUCUAAUUAUUAUCAAAAGGCUUUUAAUGUAGACAGUAAAGUAAAUGAUAUUGUUUACGGUCCAAUAGCUGAUAGGGACACAUGGAUGGUAUUUCCGAUGAUUCUACUUCCAAAAUCAAGAGGACGAAUCAUGCUACAAGAUAAAGAUCCUCAUGUUAAACCGUUGAUUUAUGCCAACUAUUUUUCGGAUGGGGGACACGACGCAAAUGUAGUUUUAAAAGGUAUACGAAAAAUAAUUCAGCUAUCACGUACUAAAGCGAUGCAAAGGUUUAAUAGCACGCUACAUGAUAUACCUUUACCUCCUUGCGCUCGUUAUAAAUUCGAUUCGGAUGCGUAUUGGAAAUGUGCAAUGAAAACGUUGACAUAUACUAUAUAUCAUCACUGUGGUACAAAUAAAAUGGGUCCAGCGACGGAUCCGAGUUCUGUAGUGGACUCUCGUUUAAGAGUUCAUGGUAUAGAUAAGCUAAGAGUUGUGGACGCUAGCAUCAUACCAAAAAUACCGGCCGCACAUACUAAUGCACCAACGCUAAUGAUAGCUGAAAAAGCGGCCGAUAUGAUCAAAGAGGACUGGGGAAUACCAGUAUAGUUGAUACAAUGUCAUGAAGAAAAAGCUUUAUAAUUUAUAUAAUGAUAUACAUAAGUCGAUAGUUAUACGUUUAUACUGAUCAUCUUACAGAUUUUUACACCGAAAU